AUGUGGCGUGUGGCCAGGGAGAGACCUGCUGUCCCCAAACCACCACCCCCUGAGGGUGUGAAGUCCAACCCAUCCAAGCGGCAUCGAGACCGGCUCAACCAGGAGCUGAACAAGCUGACUGGCUUGCUGCCCUUCCCUGAAGAUGUGCGCACCAGGCUUGAUAAACUCUCCAUCCUCCGACUGGCUGUCGGAUACCUGAAGGUGAAGAGCUACUUGAUGGCCACAGCUACGGACGUUGGUGACUGUGUGCUGGAUCAGCUCGGAGCCCCAGGAGGGAACAGGCGAAUGGACCUGCAGGUUGACAGAGAGCUGUUUCCUGAGGGAGAACUGCUGCUCCAGGCACUCAAUGGAUUUGUCAUUGCCGUGACCGGAGAUGGCUACAUCUUCUACAUCUCCCCUACCGUGCAGGACUACCUGGGCUUUCAUCAGUCAGAUCUCAUCUACCAGAGCGUGUAUGAGCUGAUCCAUGCGGACGACAGAGCUGCCUUCCGCCGCCAGCUGCACAGGGCCCCGCCACUGCUGGCUGGAUGCAGCACCAGGUCCAGCCCACAGUACCUCCACUCUGAGAAGACCUCUGUGGAGAGGAGCUUCACCUGCCGCUUCCGCUGCUUGCUGGAUAACUCCUCAGGAUUUCUGGCCUUGAAUUUCCAUGGGCGCUUGAAAUUCCUUCUCGGGCAGCAGAAGUCAGCAUCGGACAGGUCCCCGCUUGCUCUCUUUGCCAUUGCAACUCUCCUUCAGCCGCUCUCUAUCCUGGAGCUUCAGACCAAGAUGCUGAUCUUCCAGACAAAGCACAAGCUGGACUUCACUCCCAUGGCCUGUGAUUCCCGGGGAAAGGUUGUCCUGGGGUACACGGAAACGGAGCUGUGCAGGAGGGGGUCGGGGUACCAGUUUGUGCACGCGGCUGACAUGAUGCACUGCGCAGAGAACCAUGUGAGAAUGAUGAAGACAGGGGAGAGCGGGCUGACUGUUUUCCGGCUGCUGACCAAGAAGGGUGGCUGGGUGUGGGUGCAGGCCAAUGCCCGGCUGGUGUACAAAGGGGGCAAGCCCGACUGCAUCAUUGCCCGGCAGCGAGCCCUGUCGAAUGAAGAAGGGGAGGAACAUCUGCGGAAGAGAAAGCUGCAGCUGCCUUUUAGCUUUGCCACAGGGGAAGCAGUCUUGUACGGGAAUGACCUUCCUGAGUUCCUGGACUCCUUCCAGACUAAGGAGGAGUUGGAGACACAAGGAAACUCCCACUCAAAGCAGUGCUCGGUAGACCCCAACUCUCUUCUUGGGGCCAUGAUGAAGCAGGAUGCAUCCAUAUACAUCUCCCAUGCUGAUAACGUGCCUCAGUUCUCCUUGCCAGAUCUCCUCGCUGAGCCCAAUGGACUGAGCCAGAAUGAGGAAGUUGGUGAUGCCAAGGAGGACAGCGACUCCCUCCUGGUCGUUAUCAAAACCCUCUUUGAGAAAAGCAAAGUGGAUGGAAACAUCUGCCAGACCCUCCAGAGCCUCAAUGUGGACAACGCAGAGCUGCAGCAGUGGGAGGAGGCUCUGCUCAGUUUGGGUGCAGAGGAGGACCUGCCAGCUCAGGAGGUUGGCGAGAGGCUGGGCACUGAGGUGACAUCCUAUGUGGAGCAGAUGCUCCUCAGGGAGGGUGCUGGGAAGAGCAUGGACUUUCUGCACUGCAGUGCAUCAUCCUGCAAUGAGGAAAACAGUGCUGUGGCUCAUUUCCAGCACUGCUGGGCAGCUAAUUCAGUGUUUCAAGCCCCACCACAGCCCCAGGCAUCUGGUGCACAAGGCCAGGAUGCUGUUGUCUCUCUAGUCUCCGUUACAUCCGAGGUCAGCUCUGCUCAACCAGAACAGCAGGUCCCAUUUAACCCAGCCGGGCUGGUGGGGGGGACAGUUCUGGAUGUCCUGGUCUCCAGCAGCAAGUCCUCUGUAGCACUUCAGCUGGGAAAUCCGGGACAAGUGCUUCAAGCAGAAGUUACCACCUCUACUCCUGUAGAUAACACUAUUCCUAAUGAUCAGAGCCAGCCUGGGUGCAAGUUGGUGGGGUCAAGCUGCCCACCUCCGUUGCACCCAAACACACUAGUGACUCAGUGGCACAAUGUCCCAGCCCAGGCAAACCCAGCCAAUGCUUUGGGUCAGAGCGCUUCUCCUGGAGGUUGCCCAUCAGAGGCUUGGAUGGCCAUAGCUCCGAAACAGCUGGAAGCUGCAGGAACGCAUCUGGAGUCACAAACUCUCCUGGCUUGCAGCCCCGAGACCCCCCCGGGGGCUGGGCUGUGGUUGGUGCCCUCCCAACCUGCUCCUUGCCCUGCACAAGGCUCGCAUGGGUCCUUGUUCUCUGGGGCUGGGGACCUCCGUGAUGAGGAGGCUGCUCUCCCUGCACAAGCAUCAGCACCCGUAGGAGUCAGCCAGCAGCCAGGGGAUGGUGGCUUCCCUAAACAGCCCCUGAUACCCCACCUAGAGCCCAGCUUUUCCUGGGAAGGGGAGCAGGCAGUGCUCCAAGAGGACAAGUGGUUUGUGCAGUGCCAGCCAUGGCUCCUGCAGGCUGGGGCAGCUCCUCAGAGAUGCAAUGGGGCAGGUCUGGUGCAACACGGUGGACUCCUGCUGGGGUCCAGCAUGGGUCCUAGCACACACCAGAUGGACCACGUUGUGCUGCCCGAGUGCCAUGGCGCACAUGUUGACAUGCACGUGGUCAUGCUGACGGUCACCCUGGCACGCCAACACCGCUGUAGUGAUGCGAGCGCUCGCACCCCUCGCCCAUGUGGGUAG